CUCGGCUAAUCCACUAUAGCUUGUUACCCGCCUACGCUGAGUAAACCCGUCGACUGUAAUCCUCACUGUAAACAGCGGAAUCCUCUGCAGCUGUUCGUUUCUGCCCUCACUUCUAAGUUUGUAUCACAUAAAGCAAAGGAAAUGGACAACUCCGGGAAAGAGAAGGAAGCGAUUCAGCUGAUGGCCGACGCUGACAAGAAAGUCAAGUCCUCUGGCUCUUUUCUGGGAGGAAUGUUUGGAGGAGGACCUCAAAAAGUGGAAGAAGCAUGUGAGAUGUACUGUAGAGCAGCUAACAUGUUCAAGAUGGCCAAGAACUGGAGUGCUGCUGGAGGUGCGUUCUGCAAGGCUGCACGACUCCACAUGCAGCUGCAGAACAAACACGACUGUGCCACCAGUUUCAUCGAUGCAGGAAAUGCUUACAAGAAGUCUGACCCCAAUGAGGCAAUCAAGUGUUUAAAUGCCUCCAUCGAAAUAUACACAGACAUGGGAAGAUUCACCAUUGCAGCCAAACACCACAUCAAUAUCGCAGAGAUCUACGAGUCUGAACUAGUGGAUAUCGAAAAGGCUAUUGCACAUUAUGAACAAGCAGCAGACUACUACAAAGGGGAAGAAUCCAACAGCUCUGCCAACAAGUGUCUGCUGAAGGUGGGGGGCUACUGUGCUCAGUUGGAGCAGUACCAGAGGGCUAUCGAGAUCUACGAGCAGGUUGGAGCCAACACGAUGGACAACCCAUUGCUGAAAUACAGCGCCAAAGAAUAUUUCUUCAAAGCCUCCCUCUGUCAUUUCAUCGUCGACGAGCUCAACGCCAGGAUUGCUAUUGAAAAAUACGAGGAGAUGUUCCCGGCUUUCUCAGACUCCAGAGAAUGCAAACUGUUGAAGAAACUUCUCGAUGCUCAUGAGGAACAGAACUGCGAAGCUUUCACAGAGGCAGUAAAGGACUUCGACGCAAUCUCACGUCUGGACCAGUGGCACACAUCCCUCCUGCUGCGCAUCAAAAAGACCAUCCAGGGUGACGAAGGGGAUUUGAAAUGAAAGAAACCCAGGGGUUGGAAAUGCAGCACUGAGGGACAAAUCCAUCACGCAUGCAUUCACACACACACACACUCACACUCUUCACUCACCUCACCGUGUAUAGCAUUUGGAGAUGAGUGUCUGCUGAUGACUUUGAAUAUUCCACCGCUCACUGCUAUACUGUCAGAGUACUAUCUUUGCUUUCCUUACGAGCAUAUCUGAAUCUAGUCGGAAUGUAAAUCCUCUCGCCCUCACCUCUGUCUAGAGGAUUGCUGCAUACCUUUUCUGCUGGAAUCUGUCCUGCUGGGGGAUUUCAGAACGGUAUAUUGUAUUGAAACUGAUGUUAGUAUUGACAACGAGCACUGCAUGUUUUGUACAAUUAUCGUUUCCUAGUCAGACGCAGCGAGUUCUUUUUUUUUUUAAUCUGGUUUAUUAUAUAUUUAAACUGAUUAUUUAAAUGUUUCAGUUUGUUGUACAUAAGAUUAUCAUGGUGUGUAUGUAUUUCAAGAAUGUACCAUUAUAUUAAUUUUGUAUUUGUUGGAGCAGAAGGGAAGGGGUCAAAUCAAUGUCAUGAUUGUUCUCAAAGCUAAAGUCAUUACAGACACAAAAAGUGGAUUUCCAUUUUAUCAUCAACGGCGAGAGACUCUUCUUGAAGAAGGGUGAUGAUAUGCACCAAGUGUAGACUGUUAAACAUAUGUAUCUAAUCACAACUACUGAUUUUCUUUUCCCCCACACACCAGGAUAACUUAUUACUUUACGUUUUGUUGAUGUAAUAAUACUUUGAAUGUUUGAAUCUGUAAGCUGUGAUUUAUAGUUUGCCUGUGGAAUACGUAUUUCUGGAUGAAAAGCACUGACACGGAAACCUUUACUCACUUAUUUCCAGGGCAGUAAUCUUGGGGGUAAUGUGCAUCAUUAGUCACUCAUCUUGUGCCGUGUUGUGAUGUGAACUCAUCAUCUGAAGGUCUACUGCUGCAGUGCACCUUCCAAAUGGCCAGUCGCUAAGCAUGUCAUUGUGUAUAGAUUAGCGUUGUGUUACAUUCACUAGUGUGAGCCAGACCAAAGUUUUUACUAAAGGGUCUGUCGCCCUGCGUAUCCAGCUUCUUCCAGAUGGAAUGACAAUGGACCUUGGAUAUGAUCUGUAUGCUAGUGCGAAUGGACAAUAAUAAUAAAGAUAUUAUAAUCCCUGC